UGUGUUCCUCAUUCCUUUCACAAUAUCAACUUCAGAACAAUGAGGAGACAACAUGAGGAAACAACUGUUCCCACAGUCCAAUCAGGACACAGUGGUCAGCCACAGGACACACCCCCUCAGACAGAACCACAUGUUAAAAGACAACGUACCACAGUGACUUCCACAGAAUCCAGCUCUGGACCAGGGCCAAGUGGGGAGUCAUGUGGCGAUCACUCCAUGAUUAAUAGGAAUGACUUCAAACACUCAUCGUUCCAUCCCCCACCGCAUGCGCCUGCAUUUGGCAGUGAAUUACCUACGAAAAUACUUAAAAGACCAUCUGAUCCACUUGAAGAGCACCAGGAUCCUAAAGCAGAUAUACAGACUGAGCUGGACGGUGCUUUACAGUCUCAGUGGUUUGAAGAUAAACUUGUAUCAAAGAUUAAAAAUGAGCUGAGAAACUACCACAAAGCUCUCAGUUUUAAGGCUCCUCAACUAAGCCAAAUGACUGAGGGCCAGAGAGAGAGAAAAUUUGAUGAGUCAAUCCUAAAGCUAAUAGCAAAUGUCCUGAGAGAGACCAAGGGUGAACAGUUGGCUGAUUAUUUCCAAACGGUGUUCUGUGGUCCUACUGGUGAAUUCUGUAGUAAUAGACUGAAAGCAAGACUCCAACAGAAGUUCACAUGUCUGUCUGAGGGUAUUCCUAAAGCAGGAAAAGCAUGUCAUCUGAAUGAAAUCUACACAGAGCUCUAUAUCACUGAAGGAGAUGUCUCUGACUACAACAACAAACAUGACAUCAUACAAAUCGAAGCUGCCCCAAGGAACAAAGCUGAAGAAACCAUCACAUGUCAAGAGAUUUUUACUUCUGAUGCCCACAGACAUGGACCAAUCAGAACAGUGCUGACGAAGGGCGUGGCUGGCAUUGGGAAAACUGUUUUGACUCAGAAGUUCAGUCUGGAUUGGGCUGAAGGCAGAGCCAACCAGGACAUACAGCUUUUGUUCCUGUUCACUUUCAGAGAGCUCAAUGUGCUCAGAGACAGAAGCAUGAGUCUGAUGCAACUCAUUCACCACUUCUUUCCUGAAACCAGAGAAGCAGCCAUUACCAGUUUUGAAGAUUUUAAGGCUGUGCUCAUCCUCGAUGGCUUGGAUGAGUUUCGAAUCCCUCUUGACUUCAAAACCUAUGUGAUUGUUGAUGCUGACAAGUCUGCAAGUGUUGAUGUGCUCCUGGUGAACCUCAUCAGGGGAAGCCUGCUUCCCUCCGCUCACCUCUGGAUAACCACGCGUCCCGCAGCGGCCAAUCAGAUCCCGUCUGAGUGCGUCUCCAGGGUAACAGAGGUGCGAGGCUUCACUGACCCUCAGAAGGAGCAGUAUUUCAGGAAGAGGUUUCCAGGGAAAAGGCAGGCCUCUGCCAUUAUCGAUCACAUUCACCUGUCGAGAAGCCUCCGCAUCAUGUGCAGCAUUCCUGUGUUCUGCUGGAUCACUGCCACUGUUGUGGAUGAUAUUAUGAAAACACGUCAUGAAGUGCUGCUGCCCAAAACCUUAACAGAGAUGUACAUCCACUUUCUGGUUGUUCAGGUUAAAAUAAAAAAUGUUAAAUAUGAAAACAAAGCUGAGGCAGAUCCUCACUGGAGUCAGAAGAGCAUAAGUAUGAUUAAGUGUUUGGCCAAACUUGCAUUUGAGCAGCUGCAGAAAGGAAACCUGAUUUUUUACCAAUCAGAUCUGACAGAGUGUGGCAUUGAUGUUGAAGAGGCAGCUGUUGAUUCAGGUGUCUUCACUCAGAUCUCUAAAGAAGACAGAGGCCUGUACCAGGACAGGGUCUAUUGCUUUAUCCAUCUAAGUGUGCAGGAGUUUCUGGCUGCUCUUCAUGUUCACGUCACAUUUAGUGAGACCGGAGUUAGUGUGCUCCCAUCAGAGAAGGCUGGAUCAUCACAGAUGCACUUCUACCACUCUGCAGUGGAUCUGGCCUUACAGAGUCCAAAUGGUCACCUGGACCUGUUCCUACGCUUCCUCCUGGGGCUGUCUCUGCCAACCAAUCAAAGCCUUCUCCGAGGGUUUCUCAAACAAAAUCAAGAUACCAGAGACAUCCAAAAUCAAAUCAUUGACUACAUCAAGCAAAAAGUCUCAGAGAGUUGUAAUACAGAGAGAAGUAUUAAUCUGUUCCACUGUCUGAAUGAGCUGAAGGACAGCUCUCUGGUGGAGCAGAUCCAACAGCAGAUGACCUCUGGGAGUCUGUGUGCUCAGAAGCUCUCAUCUAAUGAGUGGUCAGCUCUGGCCUUCAUCCUGCUGUCCUCUAACAAAGACCUGGAGGAGUUUGAUCUUCUGCGUCUGCUGCCAGUGGUUAAAGUCAGCACGAAAGCUAUAGUGAACGUGUGUUCACUGUCAGAGAGAGGCUGUUCCUCUCUGUCCUCCAUUCUCAGCACAUCCUCCAGUUUAAAAGAGUUAGACCUCAGUAACAAUGUUCUGAAGGUUCCAAUGGUGAAGUUACUGUUUCAGGGACUGAAGACCUCACCCUGUCCUCUAGAGGUUCUUUGUCUAUGCAACUGCAGUCUCUCUGAGAGGAGCUGUGAAGUCCUAGCCUCUCUUCUGACCUCUCCUUCUCUGAGCCUUGUGCAGCUGGACCUCGCCAACAACAACCUGAUGGAUUCUGGCAUCAGACUGCUCUCUGAGGGACUGAGGAACCCACAGUGUAAUUUGGAAAACCUUGGAUUAUCUGGCUGUAUGAUGACAGAAAAGAGCAGUUCUUCUUUGGUCUCUGCCCUGGACUCCAACCCUCACAAAUUAAAAAUGUUGGAUUUGAGCUAUAACCAUCUUUGUGAAACUGGAAAACAACUAUUGACAAAAAGAGUUGCAACGCUCAGAGUGGAGCCUGGUGGAGCAAGAUUUAUAAAAUCAGGACUCAAAAAAUACUCAUGCCAGUUCAUACUGGAUCCAACUACUAAGAGCAUAUUCAGAGUAGAGGAAGAACAGUCCUACCCCGAUCAGUCAGACAGAUUUGACUGCUGUCCCCAGGUGCUGUGCUGCCAGCGCCUGAGUGGCCGAUGUUACUGUGAGUUAGAGUGGAGCGGCUGGGUCGAUGUGUCGGUCUGUAAUGAAGGAAUAAGGCGGAGAGGAGCAAGUAAUGACUGCGUUUUUGGACUCAAUGCAAAGUCCUGGUGCCUCAUUUGCUCUGAUGGGCCCUAUUCCAUCAGCCAUAACAAGAGUGGCAACCCCCUGCCUCUCUCUUCUGUGUCAUCUGCAGGAAAAGUAGCUGUGUACGUGGACUGUCCCGGUGGAUCUGUAACAUUUUACACGGUCUCUGGAGAGGAGCUGACCCUGCUUCACAAAUUCAACGCCACCUUCAAUGAACCUCUCUUCUUAGGCAUCGGAUUGUGGUCCUCCAAGUCCUCAGCCACACUGUGUGACUGAUUAGGAGUAACAGUGCACUAAAUUAAUUAUCUACUAACCCAAACUUCAAAAACAAUAAGGCAUAAGGCUUUUGAAAUUACUUCUGCUAACUGUAACUUUAAUUACCGCAAAAAAAAAAAAAAAAAUAUUUACUUCUGCAUUACUUCCUGAAUACUGACCUUACACCUCAGAAUGUGUGAUGUCAGAAACAUGCAGUUGUGACCAAUGAGAGCAGGGCUAGACUAACUUUUACAAAGCUAAUUUUUAGAUGAUUAAAAAUGUAAAAAAAAAAAUGUAAUAUUGUAAAAUAUUGUUUUGUACAAAUACAAAAGAAUCCAUACAAAAUCCAAACUUUAUGAAAGAUGUCGAUGCCCUGUCAGCCGACCACAAGCAGUUUGAUUUCACAAAAAGUGCAUUGUGCCCUAUUUCUGGGCAGGAGCUCCAGGUAGCUGCAGUACCUAUGGAGCAGCCACUAAUCAAUCUCACUCAUGGAUGAAAGGGGAGU